AUGAGCGACAAAAAUACAAAAGGCAAACCGCCUUUUACAAAAACAUUAAACAAAAAUAUCACAAACACUCACUCGAAAACACCUUCUGUAAAAAACAUACCCACAAGCCAUAUUAAACAAAUUCCCAUCUACUCCAAAUCAAACAGUUCAAAAACAAAUCCUAGUUCGAACAAGUCAAACUCAAAUGUCUCUGUAGAUAAUAUUGAUACAUUACCGCCACUUCCACUCUCCACUCCUACCUCUGCCAACACCGCUGCUCUCCUAAUUACCGCUGCAGCUAAUCAACACGAUAACCACUCCAAUUCUGAUAACCAAAACGUUAUCGUUUUCAACGACGACAACGCCCAACCCCACCCAGCACACAGCUCAGAAUCACCUACCAGUUUUGCUACGAUUACGGCAAACGAAAAAACUCCAUCCAGGGAACAAGCAAUUGUUUUCAACUCUAUAGACGGUAUCAGACAAAUAGAAUAUAUACUUGCAAUUGGAAAACUGAUCCCCCCUCGGGACAUAAUAUUCACUUCAAGGAUAUCCAACAAUCGUUUCUGUAUUUUUUUUUCAAGCAAAGAAGUACUCGAUACACUUCUUGAAAAAUCCAAAACGAUAUCAAUAAAUGAACACACUAUCCCUAUUCGCAGAUUGAUUAAUCCAGCCAAAAAGAUCACGAUAUCAAAUGUGUGUCCAUCCAUACCUAACAUAAUAAUUCUUAACGCAUUAAAAAACAUCAAUAUAUCUCCAGUCUCACAACUAAACCAUAUAAAAGCCGGCAUCAAUAUUGCGGGAUACGAACAUAUCCUGAGUUUCCGCCGCCAAAUGUUUAUAAAUCAAGAAGAUAUCACCAAACUACCUGGGUCGUUAGUUAUUAACUUUAACCAAACCUCAUUUAGAAUCUUUUUUACUGACGACAGAAUCACUUGUUUCCUAUGCAAAGAGGUGGGUCACACUUCUGCGUCAUGUAAAAAACAAAUUUCUCAUAACAGCCCAAUUGCAACCGUUGAUGAUCAUACUACAGAACUACUCGAAGAUAUUCAGCUUCCUGAAUUACCUCCAAUAGACACAACCCAACCACAAAGUACCAUGGACUGGAAUCAGGAAAACAAUGAUAUAAUUUCAUCCCAACCCGUAGCAAAUACUAAAACAUCCCAUGUAACAAUGAAAACACCAAUCACCACUCAAGCCAAAAGACCUCUAUCGGAUACAAAUACAAUUAAAUCUCCCACCUCCCCUACAGCACCAGGCAGCCCUAUGCCUUUCAUUCAACCUGAAAAAAAAAAGCCAAAACCAGCCGCUCUAGAUCCAACUCUCUCACUUCCACCGACGACAACAAAAUCAACACCUCGCUUGAACCUACAGUCGCCUUUUUCAGCGACAGUGAGAAUACUUCAAUCACCCUGGACCAAUUUAAAUACUUUUUGGAAAAUAUUAGAAACCCUAAUAUUAAUAUAUACACAUUAUGCGACGAAAUUAAUUCCAACAUCUCGGACAUGCUCGACUUGA